AUCGGUUCCCACGGCAACCGACUCAACAGUACCUCCCGCUGGUGUCUUGGCCGCCAUGUGCGCCCCAGUGGACCCUCAUGUUGCCCGGCGAUACCUGCUCAGGCGGCAGCUUGGGAAGGGGGCCUACGGCAUUGUGUGGAAGGCAGUGGACCGGAUAACAGGCGAGGUCGUGGCCAUCAAGAAAAUCUUCGAUGCUUUUAGGGAUAAGACAGACGCCCAGGACACGGGCUUCCUUCUUGCUCCACCCACCCACACACCUGUGUUUCUGUCUCUUCAGAGAACAUUCCGGGAAAUCACACUCCUCCAGGAGUUUGGGGAGCAUCCCAACAUCAUCAGUCUCCUUGACGUGAUCCGGGCAGAGAACGACAGGGACAUUUACCUGGUGUUUGAGUGUAUGGACACGGACCUGAACGCAGUCAUCCGGAAGGGGGGGCUGCUGCAGGACGUCCACGUGCGCUCCAUCUUCUGCCAGCUCCUGCAGGCCACCCGGUUCCUCCACUCGGGGCACAUCGUGCACCGGGACCAGAAGCCGUCCAACGUGCUUCUGGAUGCUAACUGCACGGUGAAGCUGUGCGACUUCGGCCUGGCCCGCUCCCUCAGCGACCUCCCCGAGGGGCCUGAGGGCCAGGCCUUGACAGAGUAUGUGGCCACACGCUGGUACCGGGCUCCGGAGGUGCUGCUGUCUUCACACCGGUACACCCUUGGGGUGGACAUGUGGAGUCUGGGCUGUAUCCUGGCGGAGAUGCUUCGGGGGAAGCCCCUGUUCCCGGGCACGUCCACCCUCCACCAGCUGGAGCUGAUCCUGGAGAUCAUCCCACCGCCCUCCGAGGAGGACCUCCUGGCUCUCGGCUCAGGCUGCCGGGCCUCUGUGCUGCACCACCUGGGGUCCCGACAACACACAGCAACCCACGGGCCACGGCGGACGCUGGACGCUCUCCUGCCACCAGACACCUGCCCAGAGGCCUUGGACCUCCUCAGGCGACUCCUGGUGUUCGCCCCGGACAAGCGGUUAAGUGCAGCCCAGGCACUGCAGCACCCCUACGUGCAGAGAUUCCACUGCCCCAGCGACGUGUGGACACGAAAGGCGGCUGUGCGGCACCGGGUGCACGAAGGGGUCCAGCUCUCCGCACCUGAGUACCGCAGCCGCGUCUAUCAGAUGAUCCUGGAGCGAGGAGGCCGCGGCUGCACCUCAAGAGAGAAGGGCCUGGAGGGUGUCGCCCCAGGGGCAGAGCCCAGGGCCUCCCCAUCGCAGGCACACCUGUGCAAGCCCAGAGCCAACCCUCAGCUGUCUUCAGGGACACCUGUGCAGAGCCCCCGACCCAGGCCUCAGAAUGGCCCGGGCCACGGCCCCCCAGAGCACGAGUCCCCCCGUGUAGCCGAGAACAUUCCCAGGCAGAAGUCCGCUCCCCUGCUCCAAGCUGCACCUCUAGGGAGGGGGGAAAGGCCCCCUGGGGCAAAGGCAGAGCCCCGCUUGACACUCUCCCUGGUGACGCCAAGCGAGAGGGGAGCAGCGUCCUCCCUGACCUCACAGUCUGUGGCUCAGGUGGCCAACCAGGCCCUGAUCCGGGGUGACCGGAACCGGAACCGAGGCGGUGGGGUCCCUCCCCGGCCCGGCCGGAGGAUGUUCCACACCUCUGCCUCACAGGGGACUCAGGGGGCCGCCAGGGCUUUGCUUGGAGGCUACUCUCAAGCCUACGGGACUGUCAGCCACUCGGCACUGGGCCAACUGCCCCUGCUAGAGGGUCACCACGUGUGAGCCACCCUCCUCCCUUCAUCUGGCCCUGUUCCUGCCCCAGCACCUUUCCCGGACCCUCCCCGGGUCUCCUGCACCCCUUAGCCCUCCCUGCUUUGCCUGGCCGCACUGAAGUUCCAGGGAGCUUGCCUGGGUCUCCUUGGGGGAGACGAGGGCCCUGCCCCAGCCCCAGUGACUUCCUCCAAUAAACUCAUGUCUGCCCCCAACCUAAGCAGCCAUCAUUCCUCUACUCCCCUCUAAGGCCAUAGCACCUCCUAGCUGGGGGCCCUGACCCCUUUCCUGGAGCCUCCCCUCCGCCGAGGACCCCACCGCCCCUGUCCUCAGACUUCCACCCCGAAGGUCCUGCCCACUCCACAUCCUGCAGUGAGCUUUUUCCUCUAGGUUUGCCUGGGCAGCUUCCUGUCCUUUGUCCAUUGUCUCCCCACCUGCUGUGGCUUCAGGGUCCAGGCUGCCCCCCAGGGUGGACCUGUUGGAUGGGGACCUAGGGUCACCCCAUGGCCAUCUUUGUGACUCUGAGCCAGAGGAGAGAAGGGGUCAGCCCCACCCUUCCUGCACUGUCAGGGACUGCAGCCUGCGCCCCCACCCCACCCCUGUACAGCCACUGCACCUGAUCUGUCUCCAGGUCUCCAUAGGUGAGGGUGGGUGUGGGGUCAGGGUUACCUCCUCUGCUCACCCACAGGCAAAAACCCUGGUGUGAGUUCAGGCCAGGGCUGUGCAGGGCUGCAGAGAUCAAAGGGCCCUGUGGGCAAAGAGCUGUGUCCUAGGGUGCCAGGUGUCCGCAGCUGUACCUGCCCCUGAGCUGGGGCUGGAACACAGGCAGCUGGGAAGCUCACAGGGAGGAACUCAGUCUAAAGGGCACAGCCUGUGCUGUUGGCGGGGGUUGGGCUCCGGGCUCACUGUCCGGGAAGCUCACAGGCUGGAGGAGCUCCGUCUGAAGGGCUCAGCCUGUGCUGUGGCUGGGGCUGGGCUGCCAGGAGCAGGGGCUCUGCGGGCUUGUGAAAGCAACUGUCACCAUGGGGAAGGGUGAGGAAGGACAAGGUGUGAGCAGGGGGGCUGAGCAGAGGUUGGGAGCUGGCGCUGCCUUGGUGCUGGGCCAGGCACCUACAGGAGACUCAGAAAGGGAGGCUGGGCUUGGGAGAAGGUUGGAGGAGGUGGAUGGGGGAGCGGGAGGGCCCGGGGAGGUAGUGAGCCCGUCAGAGACCCUGCCAUGGGCUUGUCUCCUGAGGCGUCUGCCCAACGGUCUGCUUGUUGAACUUCACAAGCCCAAGGCACAGCCCUAGGGUGCUCAGCAAGCAGGACACAGAGGCCAGGGGGCUGCAGGGCUGGAGGCUUGGCCUCAGGCUAGGCAGAGUGUGGUGGGGUUGCUGAGUGGGGGAGCACAGGUGGGUGCCCAGGAGUGUGCCUGCCCAGGCAGCAUCAGGGACAGGGACAGGAGACACAUACAGCGUGAAGUUGGAGGGGCCAAGGUGGACCUUGGAGUGAAGCUGGGGGGUCUUUAGUGCCCCCCACAGGGAUGGGAGGUGAGUCCACAGGAGAAACCCAAGAGGCCACAUGGUUAGAGGCUGCAGGGCAGAACUGGGCGAUUAUACACACGGGGAACAUGCUAGAAUAUUUUGUGGGUUGUGUUUCAUUCACAUCGAAAUGUGCCCCAUCCUGGUUUAGAAGAUGUGGAGAGUGCAGGCAAGAGGCUCCAAAGGCCCCAGUGGGGCAGCCAGCCUCUGGCCUCUUCAUGGGCUCCACUUUGAGAGCCUGUCCGUCCAGCCACACCCCAGGCAGCACCAAGCCAAACGUGCCCACAAGAGACGCUCAGGUGCGCCCGCUCCAGGCACCUUUCCCACCUGGCCAGACGCCCCUGCUGUCAUCCCAAUUUGGGCAGUGGCUUUGGUAACCAGCUGGCUGGGGCUGUCCAGCAGUGACAGCGGGGCCCCUUCCCUUCCUCUCCCAGCUGCUAGAUCCAGAACUGCUGCCUCUGGCAGCCUUGUUUCUUAAGUCAGUUCUCUCUUAGGAUUUAUUACACUAAAAAAAUUUUUUUGAAAAGAAA